AUGAACGCUGCAACGCCGGCCAGCCUUGUCCGUUUAGCAGAGCUUCACUUUUCUCGGUUCAGGUGGUUUGGUUCUUUUGUGCUUCCGUUUCUCAAUGAGAGCCUUGCAAAGAACCCAUUUGUGUCGCCAAGCGAGCACUGGGAAGAGACAGGCCUCACCUACACGAUUUGUCCAUUGGAUCAACUCAGAAAGGACAUUGCUGGCAUGAGCCCAAAAGAUGGCCUGGCUUCUAGACAAGCCCUUUGGAACGGAGUGGCGCAUUUUCAAACAUGUGCAGACCCCUUUUUCAAGCAAAGUUUCACUGCUGAGUAUUGA